AAUUUGUUAGAUUCCCAGUAUUGUUUAGCGUCUGGCGAUAAGAAGCUGCAGCAGACCCACAGAAGAAAAUCAAAUAUUUGAAUAGAGAAUUUUGCUAGGAGAAGCCCCAACGUUCGCAAGCGAUGUUGGCCCUCUUGUGGAGCAUUCUUACGACCCCGAUCGCAUUGAUUAUGAGCUAUGCCGCUGAAUCGAAGUUAUUGAUGGUUCUAGUUAGCUGCACCAUGGCUUUGAUAUUCAUCCUUAAUAUACAGGCAGGAUGCACCAUUUGCAAUGGUCUGAUCGAGUCCCUGUCAAGCAUUAAUUGUCAUAUCAGCAAAAGACAGUUGGAGAGGCAACCAUCGCCCAUUAACAUUGUGCGAAGCUUAGUUCAUCAGCGCAGGCAGCCAUGCCCACUCUUUUGGCACAACUAUUACGAGCUUCCCCAGGCUGUGCUGCUCGAGAAUAAUGGAAGCACUGUCAUUAUGCGGAUUGCUUGUGCUCCAGAAUUAACGCCUCAUCUGAGUGGCAUCGAACCGUCUGAAAAUUAUUACUUUGAGGAGGCCACUUUCAAAUGGGGUAUGCUGGAAUCGGAGCACUCGAUAGACUCUCUCAAAUUUGCACUGGAGAUGCAGGUUCUACAUCGAACCAAUCUUGCGAAUGCCAACUGUAAAUUCCUGACCAUAUCGUAUCUAUUUUCCAUUCUGGAGCAUAAUAAAAUUCUUGGCCAGGUUGUGGAUAACUUAGAAGCCAUUGUGGUGCCCGGCUCGUGUAUUGAGCUGCCCCCCUUUGAUCUCGGUUCGCUGGUGCGACCCUUUGACAGCGGCUACUACACAUAUCACGGCACCUACGAUAAUGGAGGCACCGUCCUGCCCACCAAAUGGCUAAUAUACUCGCGCACCUUUGGAAUGAGCUUGACCCAGCUGCGUCGCUUUGGCGAACUCUGCACCCACGAUGGCAGCCGCAUUGCCGGGAAUGCCCGCAAGACACAGCCACUGGGCAACAGAUGCGUACAAUAUCAGAACUAAGAAUUGUUAAAACAAUGCUGAGUCAUUUAUGUUAUUAUGUUUAUUAUUACGUAAUAGUCCAAAGAUAGUUCGGUAACUGCCUCACUUUCCCGUUAAGAUGGUUUGUGAAUUGUCGGUCUGUAUU